CGGCCACACCCGCUCUCAUGAACACUAACAGAUCUGUCAUAGACUCAAGUGCAACCCGCACCAAUAGACGAUGUAAUCGGAAUUGUUUAACAAAUCAAUCAUAUUGUACUAGUAAUUGAUAACCGCAUACAAAUAUGGAGUCCCCGCCAGAGCCUGUCACGCUGUCGGACAAGAGCGUUUCUGAAGCGGGCGCUUCGGUGGAGGACAGCCCGGUGAAACCGGACAGCAAGGCUGAAACCGACAAACCAGCAGCAGUUAAGCGGCAGAGUUGCUCAAGUACAAACAAGGAUGUGUCCUCAGCAAAGAAAGCACACACAUCUCAGAUCGAGAGUAUUCCCUGUAAAAUCUGUGGAGAUAAAUCAUCAGGGAUUCAUUACGGAGUCAUCACCUGUGAGGGAUGCAAGGGUUUCUUCAGGAGGAGUCAGCAGGGCACUGUGUCAUAUUCUUGUCCUCGGCAGAAGAGCUGUCUGAUCGACCGCACCAGCAGAAACCGCUGCCAACACUGUCGCCUGCAGAAAUGCUUAGCAGUGGGGAUGUCGAGAGAUGCUGUGAAGUUUGGCCGCAUGUCUAAGAAGCAGAGGGACAGUCUGUUUGCAGAGGUUCAGAAACACCGUCAACAGCAGCAGCAAGACAAAGUUGGUAAAGAUACAGACGACGGACGGGAACCACAGCCUCCCGGAGAAGCGGAACCACUCACGCCCACUUACACCCACUCUGCCAAUGGGGUCACAGAGCUCCCAGAUGACCUCGGCGGAUACGUGAACGGUCAGACCCCGGAGACGGGUAAGGCAGAUUCAGCGAUCGGUGGAUUUUACCUGGACAUUCAGCCCUCUCCAGACCAAUCGGGUCUAGACAUGGAUGGCAUUAAACUAGAACCUGUGUGCGACCUCAGCUCAGACUCUGGCCUGGAUCAAUAUUGUUGCUAUAGCAAUGAAGACUCUUCUCCCUCUGAAAGUGAUCUGGACCAUCUGUCAGAGAACAUCUGCAAGUCUCACCUGGAGACGUGCCAGUAUCUCAGAGAAGAGCUAAAACCAAGCAACUGGCAGACAGUCCUACAGGCCGACCUGGACGCCUACCAGAAAAAGUCUCAGGAGGACAUGUGGCAGCUGUGUGCGGUUAAAGUCACUGAGGCCGUGCAGUACGUGGUUGAGUUUGCCAAGCGCAUUGAUGGAUUCAUGGAGCUCUGUCAGAACGAUCAGAUCGUGCUGCUCAAAGCAGGUUCUUUAGAAGUUGUGUUUGUGAGGAUGUGUCGGGCGUAUAACUCCCAAAACAACACAGUCUUUUUCGACAGCAAAUACGCGGGGCCAGAGGUCUUCAAAGCCCUGGGCUGUGAUGAUCUUAUCAGCUCGGUGUUUGAGUUUGCUAAGAGUCUGAGCUCUCUGCAGCUCACCGAAGAUGAGAUCGGCCUCUUUUCAGCAUACGUGCUGAUGUCUGCAGAUCGCUGCUGGGUGCAGGAAAAGACCAGGGUGGAGAAACUCCAGCAGAAGAUCAAGGUCGCCCUGCAGAAUUUACUACAGAUGAACCAAAGGGACGAGGGAAUUCUCACAAAGCUGGUCUGUAAAGUAUCCACUGUCCGGAUGCUGUGCCGUCGUCACAUGGAGAAACUGAGCGCGUUCAGAGCUCUGUACCCAGAAAUGGUGCACACGCGCUUCCCUCCGCUCUAUAAAGAGCUGUUCGGUUCGGACUUUGAACAGGCUCUGCCUCAGGAGGCCUGAACGAGAGAAAGACUCGUCUUGAUGCUGCACGAAUCCAUAAAGAGAGACUAAGAGAAAGAAAGAGAGAUAAUACUAACAUGCUGACAAGAACUCUAAGCUCACUUCAGCCUCGGAUCAUGUACACUGCAUUCUCACAAAGCACUUCUUAGAGUCCAGCUGCACUUUGAACUCGUCCCUCUGGCCAUGCGCCCGACAGCUGGGUGAUCUGAAGAACAGGAAACAUCAGAAGGCUGACAGAAACUGUCCUCGGGGUGCAGGCCCGUAUUUAGAGUGUUACUCUAUCUUUUAGCGUCCCGUUCCAACUGCAUGACAUCUCAGUGUUGAGAGCGAGCAGACACGCCCACUGCGUGUCUUUAAAUACCCCAGCGGUGCCCUCUACUGGUUAUAGAGGGUAAAUCAGAGACAGGAAAUGAACGUCUGAUGCUGAAAUCCCUGUCUUUCUCCACAAUGUACAGCCCAUGUUGGUGCUAAUAUGACAGCACUGCCCUUUUCUGACCUCUUCCACUAUACGGACAUUCAGCAGGGACAUCACAGGCAUUAACACUGCCACGGCCCCUGGAGAAAACAGCGGAGAUGCACAAGGCAUGACGUGGGACUCGAACCUGAGACCUGAAUCACUAUUGUAGUGAAACGUUGACUGUUGUGUUUUCAUGAUCAAAUGGCGAAUUCGGAGGCAGUGAGUUCAACUACACGCAUAUAUAUAUAUAUGUACUUGCUAAAUGGUUAGUUAAAUCAUGCAAUGUAUGAUGUAUAGAACCUAACAAAAGGUAGCACUUUGUGUUUUUCCCAGCAAUAAACAAUUUGAAUUGUGUGAGAGAGAAAAAUCUGAAGGAACGUGCUGUUGUUUUAGGUCGGUGAGAUCUAAAAUGUUUUUUUUUCCUGUGUUUUGUUACAUUUCUGUCGUUUAAAGCCAGCUCUCUGUGUCUCUAGAUGGUGAAGUGACACCCUGUUGUGCCAUAGUGAUUGUGUAAUUAGAUUUUCAUCAAAGAGAGUUGUGUUAAGAGAUGAUUGACAGUUAAGGGGCAUGUGUUGACAUUCCAGGAAAUCUUGCCGUUUAUAUUAAAUGUUAGAAAAAAUGUAUUUUAUGCACCCGGUACUGCAGCUGAUCAGAGCAAAGGAGAGACAGGAACGAUUGUCUUUCUUAUCUUUGUAGCUUUGUGCGCAGGCUAUUUCUAAACCCAACAAGAUGUCAGAUCUUUGUGUCAACACUUUUGUGCCCUCGACCAACAAACACGCAAACCAAAUUUGAUGCAUUUAGCACAGAGCCAACAUAACAAGGACAGCAAUAACCUUAGUAAAGGUGUUCCAAUCUAACAUUUGUGUUAAAUGUUUUUUGUAAGGGCUGGCACUGCUUUACUUGUAGUAUUGUUGAUAGUAUCUGAUGUCGUGAAAGACAAUCCAUUAAAUAUCUGACCUCAUUAAAGGGUAUAUUGGAACUGCUCAGGGAAACUAUUGUUUUAUAGCCGAGGCGGCCAAUGAACGUGUCGGAGACUGCGAUGGUGUAUGAAAAAUAAGUGUGCAAAAUUUACUAUAAAAUCUUGUGAAAUUGUUUCGUCCUCUUUUAGCAUCAGGGUCAGCCGUGUAAAUGAAGAAUUAUCCCAAAAAAAUACUGAGCAGAAAGCAAUAAUAAUGGCAUAAUCGCAUUUUGAGAACGGCAUUUACAUGUGAAUAAAGAAACACGGAACGUCGUUUUUGUUCGGGUUUUAAAUUUGCUUGUUUUGGAUCUCCAUGAUAUCAUUAUUUCCUUCCUGUUUCUUCAGAGACCUUAUUUUGCCUGUGUAAUCUCUGUGAAUAUCUUUUCAAUCACACUGUUGUUUGUGUUGGUAAUAUCUAACUUUUAUAGCACUUAAAUGGUUAGUUAACUGAUUUCUUUUACGUCAUCAAAUACAUUGAUUUCUGACAUUGUCAAGGUUCAGUAUGACUUAUUAACUGUUUAUUAUUAUUAUUAUGACACGUGUAGUGUUUGGUGUUAUUUGUGUGCUAGUCCAGAGACCUGGAAUGUUUCUUUCAUUUGCCAAUUAUCUUUUAAACGUCCAUCACUAAGGCAGUAUUGUAUUUUCUCUUUGCUUUGGUUUGGGGGCAUGGGCACUUAAUCUUCUAUGUACAUGUUUUAAAAAAAAGAUGAUCACAGUCCCUUUUUCAGUUGUCAUAUUUUCACUGACAAAUGACCAAAUGUUUUGUACACAGUAAUAUACACACCAUAAUGUGCUAAUUUGUGAGUAAUGCUAAUUGUUUGAGUAAAUCACGGUUUGUAUAAAAACUUCCUUUUGUUUAGAAAACUCUCCAUGGUUUUUCCCCAUGUACAUUUUUCCCAUCCUUAAUUUUAAGCAGGUUAACAAAUGGUCUUUGUUUGGAUGUAAUCCACCAAGCUCCAGUAAAUCUCUAGACUUUGCCUGUUUCCUCCUGUUUGUUUGUUUGUUUUGAGGUAUUCCGCCUUUGUUUUGUAUAUACACCUGUACAAAAAUGCAAAAGUAUUGUUUUCCUUGAAAUACAGUUUUCAUCUAAUGUUGUGAUUUUGUAUUUAGAGGUUUUCCCCCUAAAUUUUAUUAAAGGCGCAUGUCACACAUUGAGAAAUAGUGUGUUGAACGUGCUGAUGACAAUAAAAAAUCCCACCGCUUGUGAUGGAAAUAACAGUUGUCAUCUCUUGUUUAAUGGUGGGUUGGUUUA